AUCUAUGCAGGAGAUGUCGGCAAGAUGACAGCGGCCGUACGACAUUCGUCUCGUUUUAUUGCAGUUCGGUUUUUCUGCUUAUCGGACUAAGCAUUGUGCGGCACUCAAAGAGCUAGUGGGCGUACAUCGUACGCGACGGCUGUCUACGAUAGGGUCCGAUACGGACGAACGCCUCUUAGUAGGAUUUUUUGGGCCAGCCGGGAAAAUUAGGGCUACUUUGGCCGUAAUAAAGUUGACAAGAUAUAUCGUGACUGUUACUGAUUAUUGAAAACAAUUCUCCUCUUGAGGUGCAAUGCGCUUAGGAGUAGCUUGAAGUGACGGUAGAUCCUCUUCGUCGAAAAAGGGAACAAGCUGAGAGUUUCUUGACGGAGUGAUGAGCGUUUUCGGGGACUUCCAGCGUGUCUGGGUGCAAAGAUUCCCGGACAGCGCCCUGCCAGCAGCCUGGGAGGAGGAUGUCAGGGCGAACCUAGUGAAACAUAAGCAGAAGGUUGCUGCGUUGAAGGAAGAAUUGGAGAAGGAAGAAUUUUAUGUGGAGUAUUUGCAAAGGCUACUGGCUGAUGUUGAAAGACAUAGACAAUUGGCCAAUGCUUCUUUUAAUAAUGAUGAUGCAGAAGUUAAGACUGCAUUGACUGAUCCACGGACUAAGAGCGAAAAUCAAGGAGAUGAUAAUAAUCCACCAGAUCCUACAAAUCCUGUUAAUCAACAGAUUAUAGAACCUUCAGCACCGCCACUUCCUGCCAGAGAGGAUAUUAGUAAGCUUCAAGACAAAUGUGUGUCUGAAUUAAGUUCCACUCUUACCUCGAGUAGGAGACCCAAGAGCGAAAUUCCUGGUAGUCCUGAUAAAGUACCUGUACUUAGGAGAAACAGUAAUCCAGAUGUACCCAGUAACUAUGUCACAGUAAUACAAGUGACUGGCAGUUCCAAAAAGGAGAAAGGUGAAGAGUCUGUUAAAGAAGAGGAUGAAAAGGAUUCUGAAAAAGCUGUAAAUGAGGAUGGCGAAGAUGGUGAUGCAGAGGCUUCUGAGGAAGAACCAUAUUAUGAUUCUGUAGCAUUAGACCAAACUGGAGAAUAUGUAUACAUUGAUGCUCGUGUACCUCCAGUUGGGAAUAACAAUAGUGGUAAAGUACCAUUACGUAGGCCACCUUCACUCCCUGAUUCACCUGGCAAUCAAAGCAACUAUGUCAAUAUUGACUACUUUAUACAACACAGAGCAGCAGUGGAUAGCGAGGAUGAAGAAGGAGCCAGUACAGCUCCCCCAAUUCUUUUACGUGCCUUGAGCACUGAUAAUGAAACUGGCAGUAGCGAUGCAGAACCACUCAGUCUAAGCGAAGGAAGUUUAGAGUCUCCAACACCAACAACACCACGCAGACAGGAUAAAAGCAAGGAACGAGAAGAUGACAGAACAUCAAUGGUAAAGUGUAUCAUCAACUCCGUAGUAGACAGCGAAGCUGUAUAUGUGGAAUGUCUCACCGUAAUGCUUCAGUACAUGAAAGCAAUCAGGGCAACACUAACUACAUCACAGCCUGUUAUAUCCGAAGAAGAAUUUGGUACCAUGUUCUACAAGAUUCCUGAACUUCAUGCUCUUCAUCAGAACUUCCUUGAUGGUCUGCGAAAGAAAACAGAAAAGUGGGACAGCAGAACAACUAUCGGUGAACAAUUUAAGGUGAUGGCUAGUAACAUCGGACUCUAUGGAGCAUUUUUACAUAACUAUGCUCGUGCUACCGAUACUGUACGUCGUUGCUCCGCCCAUUCCACUCAAUUUGGAGAAAUUACAAGAGACAUUCGACUCAGGGGUUUCCCUAAGGGACCAGGACUUUCUCUGGAGGACUUACUUCAUAAGCCAGUAGCACGUGUCCAGAAGAAUGCUUUAGUUCUACAUGAUCUUCUUAAGCAUACACCGUCGAAUCAUGCUGACCAUGCACCUCUUUCAGACGCUCUGGCAAUGACCAGGAAUUUCUUGGACGAAUUCAAUAUCAUUCAAACGAAAUCCAUGUUCCCAAGUCAUGAUCGAGCACAACGAAGACUGGUAAAAAAUUCCUUCGUGGUUGAACUUUCUGAUGGCCACAGAAAAUUAAGACAUCUUUUUCUGUUUAACGAUGUUAUUGCCUGCGCAAAGUAUAAGGCUUCUGGUAGGGAUAAAUUUACUUUUGAACUUAAGUGGUAUGUUCCUGUGGCGGAGGCUGCGGUCUCUGAAGAUGGUGUAGAACCAAGAGAAGCUAGUCCUGCCAAUGUAGUAGCAUUGAGGUCUCAAGCGUGUACCGUGAGAGAUCAAAUUCUCUGGGAGGAACGUAACGACGAGAAACGCAUCAGACUUGGUGGCAGGGGUUCUGAGAAAAAUAGAAAAAAAUUAGCGGAAUUAGAAGCUCAGCUGGUAUUGGCAUCGCCGAAUUUAGUCUUACGUGUUGCUCAUAAGAGUCAGCACCGCGUACAGAAUUCCUAUACAUUUUUCCUAUCCAGUGAAUUCGAGCGUUCACAAUGGGUUGAGGCUGUUGAGGCUCUGCAGCAGGGUGGUCAACCACCAGGUCCGUUACCGCUGUCAAUGUACGAGCUACAGGCCUGGGUCACUGCUUGUCGUACAUAUUUACAGACUGACAUGGGGAGCUAUCUGUUAAGAUCAGGACGUGAUGAAAGUCUUCUUCUGGGUGAUUUGCAUCUGACACUAUUGGGACUAACGCCACCGGGUUUAGACAGACCUGGUGAUCUGUACAUCAUCGUUGAGGUUGACAGUUAUGGACAUUACUUUAAACGAGCUAAAAGUCGCGUUGCUAGAGGUCAAGUCCCGACCUGGGGAGAGACAUUUGUCGUGGAAUUAGAGGGUAGUCAGAAUGUUAGAAUCCUUCUGUAUGAAGAAGGUGGACCGCGUCCUGUUCUUCGAGGUAAAUGUACCCAACGACUAAGUCGAUCCUGGCUUCAAUCAGAUCAAGUUGAAAGGGCUUUGAACCUGGGACCAGCGUCUCUGGAUGUGGCCCUGAGAUUUGUACCCAGUGAAGUUACACUGAGAAGAGUACCUUCCGCCAAGCCUCAAGGACUCUUUGGAGCAAAAAUUCAACAAGUUUGCAAACGGGAAAAGCGUGACGUACCAUUCAUAAUAACUGCCUGUGUCCGUGAAGUGGAAAGGCGAGGUGUCGGCGAAGUGGGUCUCUAUCGUGUUUCAGGAUCAGCCUCUGACUUGGCCAAAUUACGUAAAUCCUUUGAGAGCAAUUCAUACGAAGCCGAACAAUUACUUAAAGAGGUAGACGUUCAUUCCGUGACGGGUGUACUAAAGUUAUAUCUCCGUGAGAUGCCAGAAGCUCUGUUCACAGACGCCCUGUAUCCUGCCUUCCUGGAGGCUUAUCAAACUGGCGAAUUAUCCAGAGGCGUCGCUCUGCGUCGAGUGUACGAGAGUUUACCCCUAGUGAACAAAGCAGUAAUCGACUUCCUCUUGUCGCAUCUGAUCCGUGUGAACAAGCACGAAGGGCAAAACAAAAUGUCCUUGCAUAAUCUAGCCACCGUCUUCGGACCAACUCUUCUCCGACCUGGCACAAAUUCUCGAUCGGAUGCAAAGAGUCGUGAUCCUCUGGCUGCUGGAACUGUGGACGUAAUGGCGCAGGCUGGUAUAUUGUAUUGCUUCCUACAAAUGCAUCUGCAACAGAAUAAUCAAUCGCUCUAGUCGAAAGCGUUUCGUCGAUCAACGGCCAUUAGCGAUUUCCUAUUUGACGUCGCUUAUCGGUAUCGCAUCGAACCAUGGUUUUUUGUAUUUCAUAUUUUAUAUUCCUUUUCAUCAUUGUUAUAUUUCUUUUUUCUUUAACUAUUGCCAAUAAUAUACUAUGGUGGACGAAUGAGUGGAAGGUGAAUAGUAAAUGAAGAGAAGGCAGCAGACGAGGAGAGAGAAUUACCGAUUUUACAAUAAGCUAUUUUAUUAAUCUCAUAGCAUAAUAUAUUGCGAAGCUGAUUUAAUAAGGGGGGAAAAGGGGAGACAGAAGUAUUACUCUGUGACGAACAAAAGAAACAGCUUUAUACGCAAAAGACAAUUGCGAGUGUCGUGUUAUUUUAACGAAUAAUCUCGAAAUUGACGACUUUUAUGUUUGCCGGUCGUCAUCCUAUGCCAGGUCCUAGUGCUGGUCUCAGGUCCAUGUGAAAGACGUUAAGAAAAUUUCUGUAAACGCGAAUAGAAAGACAAUCUGUUGAUCAAGUAACGAUAUACUCAUUCUCGUGAAGGACAUUUCGUAUGAACUUCUUGUAAGACUCAAUGCAUUUUUCUAACUAUCCUUUUUCUAUUCCAAUACGUGGCCUAUAGGAUCCAUAAUUACCUUUGUACUUGUACUUAGGAAAGUUUUAUACCAGCUGUGCGUGACGAUUGAUAUAUGUUUUAUAAAUUAUUCUUUAAACAGUUGUCUUAAUUCCAAUAAUUAUUUUUUAUCUUUGCAAAAUUUAAAAAUCCAGAGCAGUUGGAACUUAUCAGUUGCGUAUUAAUAAUUCGGACGAAUAAUUAAGGAGAAACAUGCGACUUCAAGUUCCAAAACAUCUGGUUAUAAUAAAUAAAAAAAAGAGAGACUGGUAUAUACUUAUAAAAACCGUAUUAUAAUUUCAAAUGGAGUGACAUUUUUACAAAGCAAGCAGAAGGCAACUAUUUCUACGUGCAUAAAUUUUUGUAACCCGCCCAUGUGUAUUAUAUCGUAUAUAUUGAAUAUUUUUAAUUUUUAUAUCACAUUAGAUAUACGAACGAAUAUUUGUAUGUACAUUCAUAUACGACAUAAUGUAAAGUAGAGAUGGAGACAGAAUGAAAAUUCGAAAAAAAAGAAUGACGAUUGUCUUUGAAAUGACAAUCGUCACAAUCAAUAAUCUUGACGCACCCAUUUAUCAUCAGCCAUCAUUUAUCCAUUAGCAACGUCAUAGAUUAAUAAUGAAGACCAAGUUAUUUUUUACUGAACGCAAUCAAGCUAGCUUUAUAUGCAGCGAGACGGUGUACUGCCAAAAAAACUGGAGAUUUUGAAAUAUGGAAAUAAAAAAAAGUUUAUAAACUUGUA